GUUCUCGACGAGAAAGAAAUGAAUCGUAUCCGCGAAUUAGCUGGAGCCGAAUUUGAAGACGCCGAUGCGGAACUUAAAUCUCUUAUUAUGGCAUCUCAGACAGAAGGCGACGAUUUGGACGACGGCAGUGAAUGGGAAGAUACGUCCUCAGAUCCAGAUGAAUCAAAUUCAGGCGAUAUGGAAGUUGAUGGCGCUGUCCAGAAAGGUUCAACGGAUUCGCAGAAGGACCCCAAUGACAUCUCUGAAUAUCAAUUGGAUACAUACGACGAUGAGGAGGGAGGGGUUGCUUCAGGUCCAUUUUCCAAUAUGAAGUGGUUAUUGUCUCACGAUGGGGACGACCCAUAUGUUACUUUAAAGGAGGAUGAGGCACAGGAGCGCGAGGAAGCCGAGAUAUAUCCUACCGAUAACCUAAUUGUUGUCGCCAAAGUAGAGGCCGACGUCGCGCAAAUGGAAGUUUUUGUGUAUGACGAAUCGAAAGACAACCUAUAUGCCCAUCACGAUUUCAUGCUCCCCUCUUUCCCACUAUGUAUCGAAUGGCUUGAUUACCAGCCAAAUGCCCCCUCCACGUCCAAGACUGGUAAUUUCAUUGCUGUAGGAACAUUCGAACCAGAGAUUGAAAUAUGGUCGCUGGACACGAUGGAUGCCGUUUACCCCGAUGCCGUAUUAGGGAAACUAGAAAAGACUCAGCAGCGCGGUCCAGUGGCGGCAAAGCCCAACAAGCGCAAAAAAGCAGGGAAAUCAAACGACAGCUUCCAUAUUGAUUCAGUCCUCGGCUUAUCUUGGAACAAGGCACAUCGGAAUCUCCUCGCAUCGGCUUCUGCGGAUAAGACGGUUAAACUCUGGGACUUGUCCGGAGGAUCCGGGAGUAGUGCCAUCAGGUCAUACAAUAUCCACCAGGAUAAGGUUCAAACAGUACAUUGGUGCCCUAACGAGUCAACUGUACUACUUACUGGAGGUCUUGAUCACACACUCAGGAUGUUUGAUACCAGAGCUCCGACAUCCGUGGUGGGUGUAAAAUUGAACGAGGAGAUUGAAGUUUUGCGGUGGGAUCCAUGGGAUCCAAGUGGAUUUUACGUAGCAUUGAAGGAUGGAAGCGUGCGGAAUUUUGAUGCACGCACACUGUCUGGAAAAAUGGAUUCCGCCCCUCGGUUCAAUAUUGCAGCACAUCAUGGAUCUGCCCUUGGAUUGGACGUCAAUCCCCACCUAAGAGGUUGCAUUGCCACGGGAGGACAUGACGAGAUCGUCAAAGUUUGGGACGUUAAAACCAAUGCGACAACACAGGAGUUAGAUGUCUCGAUGGUUGCUUCCAAAGAGCUUGGUGUCGGAAAGGCAUUCUCUGUAACUUGGUCACCAGACGAUCCCCUUACCCUGGCCGCGGGGGGUUCGACGGGAAAACUCCAGGUAUGGGAUGUAAGCACGUCGAAGGACGCGUUCAGGACCUUCAAGUCGAAGUUGUACGAAGCAGGAAAAGAAAUCGAAUUGAGGAUAGGAAAAAGUGAAGUGAUUGGAGUUGACGAUGACGACGACGACGACGAGAACGAUGAUGAUGCCGAUCCAACGUCUGCAUUCGGCAUGUAAGACGAGUACAUAUACGGCAACUCAUUUCGCCAGAUCUUCAUCUUCAUACGACAUCUGCACAACCCCAUCCAUAAUUGAAUACCCGGUUUUCCCUACGCAGCCCCCGGUAUCCUAGGCAGCCUGAUCCUUGAUAAUAUAAGAAUGGAGCGCGGUGUGUGAGUUGGAGUGCAAGCCUUUUUCAGCUGUUGUUAUGACUCGUCACGUUUGACUCAAAUACUUGUGGAGUUGAUUCGCUCAUGUAUGGUGUGGAAUGACGAGGCAGUCGUUAGCGGUGGUGCGUGGUAAAUCACGACUGCGGUGUUAAGCUCGUCAGAACGCUCCCCCAGAUUCGGGAUGCGUGAAGGUCGAACACAGACGUAAAAGGCGCGGAU